GACUGACUGACGGACAGACUGACGGCGGGCCAGCCUCCUGUUUAUCCACCCGGCCCUCGUUCCUCCCUCCUCCUGUUUCUUACCGCUGCGUUCAACACCCUGCGGUGCUGCUGCUGAAGCUGAGGCUGAGGCUGACUCCUUCCCCAGUGGAUUCUCCAUGUAUGGAUGCGCCGAGGAAAAGGAUGCUGUAGGCUGACCAAAGUCACAGAGAAAAACGACACAUACACAGGCUGCCGAGGAGAUUCAAGAAGGAGGCACCGGAGGAUCCGGUUGCUGUUUUGAAUGGGCAGAGGAUUCACCACUCCGCGUCCGUCGAGUCUGAGUUGCUGAGGUGCCAGGUGUGUGUCACACAGAUCUUCAGCUCUCCUGCUCACUCACACACCCUCCUGCAACAUGGCGACGGCUUCAGUGAAGGUGGCUGUGAGGGUCCGACCCUUCAACUCCAGAGAGAUGGGGAAGGACAGCAAGUGCAUCAUUCAGAUGUCAGGAAACACCACCACCAUCCUGAAUCCCAAACAGCCGAAAGAAAACAAGAGUUUCAACUUUGACUAUUCUUACUGGUCACACACCACGCCUGAGGACAUCAAUUAUGCGUCCCAGGUCCAAGUAUACAAGGACAUCGGAGAGGAGAUGCUGCUCCAUGCCUUUGAAGGCUACAACGUGUGCAUAUUUGCGUACGGCCAGACGGGAGCGGGCAAAAGCUACACCAUGAUGGGGCGACAGGAAAAGGACCAGCAAGGAAUCAUACCUCUGCUGUGUGAGGACCUUUUCACCAAAAUCCAUGGAAGCAAUAACGACAACAGCAUGGGUUACUCUGUGGAGGUGAGUUACAUGGAGAUCUACUGUGAGCGUGUGCGUGACCUGCUGAAUCCCAAGAACAAAGGAAACCUGCGUGUCAGAGAGCACCCUCUGAUGGGACCCUAUGUUGAAGAUCUGUCCAAACUAGCUGUCACCUCGUACAACGACAUCCAGGACCUGAUGGACUCUGGAAACAAGGCCAGAACUGUGGCGGCUACCAACAUGAACGAAACCAGCAGCCGCUCCCACGCCGUCUUCAACAUCAUCUUCACACAGAAGAAACACGACAUGGACUCGGAGAACACGUCGGAAAAGGUUAGCAAGAUCAGCCUGGUGGACUUGGCUGGCAGCGAAAGAGCCGACUCAACCGGAGCUAAAGGAACCAGACUGAAGGAAGGAGCAAACAUCAACAAAUCUCUGACUACACUGGGGAAAGUUAUUUCUGCUCUGGCUGAACAGGAAUCAAUACCACCAAACAAGAACAAGAAAAAGAAGAAGGUGGAGAGUUUCAUUCCCUACAGAGAUUCAGUUCUGACUUGGCUGCUGAGGGAGAACCUGGGAGGAAACUCCCGUACAGCCAUGGUGGCUGCCCUCAGCCCUGCUGAUAUUAACUAUGAUGAGACCCUCAGUACCCUCCGGUACGCUGACCGUGCCAAACAGAUCCGCUGUAACGCUGUGAUCAACGAGGACCCCAACAACCGUCUGGUGCGUGAGCUGAAAGAGGAGGUGGCCCGCCUCAGAGACCUGCUGUUUUCACAGGGUCUGGGAGACAUCAUAGAGACGUAUCGCUGCACCGGCCCCGACAUCGCUGGUUUGAAAUGUGUUCAACCUGCAAAUACCUAUGCCGUCAAUCAAAGGGGUGAUCUCUCCGCAGUGUCCAAUGCCAUGACAGGAAUGAGUCCCUCCCCCUCGCUCUCGGUCAUGUCCAGUCGCGCCGGGUCCAUCAACAACCUCCAUGACCGCAUCUUCAGCCCGGCAAGUGAAGAGGCCAUCGAGAGGCUCAAGGAAACCGAGAAAAUCAUCGCAGAGCUAAACGAGACAUGGGAAGAGAAGCUGCGGCGUACAGAGGCCAUCCGUAUGGAGAGGGAGGCCCUGCUGGCUGAGAUGGGUGUUGCCAUGAGAGAAGAUGGAGGCACUUUGGGCGUCUUCUCCCCGAAAAAGACGCCUCAUCUGGUGAACCUGAACGAAGAUCCGCUGAUGUCAGAGUGUCUGCUCUAUUACAUCAAAGAUGGCAUCACCAAGGUUGGCCGAGAAAAUGCCAAGACUCGCCAAGACAUUGUUCUCAGCGGCCAUUUUAUCAAAGACGAACACUGCACCUUCAGCAGCACCACGGGCCCUCAGGGAGAAGGAUGUGUCAUCCUGGAGCCAUGCGAGGGCUCAGAGACGUACGUCAACGGGAAGAGAGUGAGCUCUCCCAUUGUUCUGCGAUCUGGGAACCGCAUCAUCAUGGGGAAGAGCCACGUGUUUCGCUUCAACGACCCGGAGCAGGCUCGUCUGGAGCGAGAGAGGACGCCGUGCGCCGAGACGCCGGUGGAGCCCGUCGACUGGGCCUUCGCUCAGAGAGAGCUGCUGGAGAAACAAGGCAUCGACAUGAAGCAGGAGAUGGUGCAGAGGCUUCAGGAGCUUGAAGAUCAGUACCGCAAAGAAAGAGAAGAAGCGAGUAACCUGCUAGAACAGCAGCGGCUGGACUAUGAGAGUAAAUUGGAGGCUCUUCAGAAACAAGUGGACUCUCGGUACCUGGAGUCUCCUGAGGAAGAAGAGGAGCCUGAAGAGGAAGUGCCGUGGACGCCACGUGAGACCGAUUUGGCUCUGUGGGCGUUCAGGAAGUGGCGUUUCUACCAGUUCACCUCUCUCAGGGAUUUGCUUUGGGGCAACGCCAUCUUCCUCAAAGAGGCCAAUGCUAUCAGUGUGGAACUGAAGAAAAAGGUGCAGUUCCAGUUCGUGCUGUUGACAGACACCCUCUACUCUCCCCUGCCCCCCGACCUGCUGCCCCCCAGUGUGGCCAAAGAGAGGGAGAGACGACCUUUCCCCCGAACCAUUGUCGCCGUUGAAGUACAAGAUCAGAAGAACGGAGCCACACAUUACUGGACUCUGGAGAAACUCAGGCAGAGGCUGGACCUGAUGAGGGAAAUGUACGACCGCGCUGCAGAGCUCCCCAGCAGUGCUGUGGAGGACUGCGAUCACGCUCUGACCGGAGGCGACCCCUUCUACGACCGCUUCCCCUGGUUCCGUCUGGUCGGCAGGGCUUUUGUGUACCUGAGUAACCUGCUGUACCCGGUGCCCCUGGUACAUCGCGUGGCCAUCGUCAGUGAGAAAGGAGAGGUGAAAGGCUUCCUCAGAGUGGCUGUGCAGGCCAUCUCAGCUGAUGAGGAGGCCCCCGAUUAUGGUUCUGGUGUGAGGCAGUCGGGCACUGCAAAGAUCUCCUUUGAAGACAAACAGUUUGAGAAGUUCCAGACUGAGUCGUGUCCUGGUAGUCUCUCCCACUCCAACACCUCCCAGGAGGAGCUGCGAUUCGUGGAGGGAGAAGGACAGACUGCAGAGAUCGGAAUCUCUGCCGAUGAAGUCAACAACAACACCUGUCCAGCUGACAUAGAGGCUCCCCGCAGCCCAGUGAAGAGUUCAGGUCUGGCUCUGGAUCUUCCCCUGGACCUCUCCCCGGAGAAAGCUCUGUCCCACCUGAAGAUCGGCAGCACCUUCACCUUCAGAGUCACUGUCUUACAGGCCUCCAGCAUCUCAGCCGAGUACGCCGACAUCUUCUGCCAGUUCAACUUCAUCCACCGCCAUGAUGAAGCUUUCUCCACUGAGCCGCUGAAGAACACAGGCAGGGGACCUCCGCUGGGCUUCUACCAUGUUCAAAAUAUCACAGUGGAGGUGACAAAGUCCUUCGUUGAGUACAUCAAGACUCAGCCAAUCGUCUUCGAGGUGUUUGGUCACUAUCAGAAACAGCCCUUUCCCCCGCUCUGCAAAGACCUGAUCAGUCCCCUGAGACCUUCCAGGAGGCAGUUCCCCAGGGUGAUGCCCUUAUCAAAACCAGUGCCGGCCACAAAGCUCAGCACUCUGACUCGCUCCACCGCUGGACCUUGUCACGCCAAAUACGACCUCAUGGUCUUCUUUGAGAUCUGUGAGCUGGAAGCUAACGGAGACUACAUCCCAGCUGUUGUUGACCACAGAGGUGGGAUGCCCUGCCACGGCACGUUCCUCUUACAUCAGGUCUGUUUUUCUCACUGGAUGAAUCCUGUCAUGACUUGUUUGACUUCAGGUCGUAUUCGAAACACACCAGAGGCGGAUGAGACCAUCAUAGACCCCAACAUCCUUUCCCUCAACAUACUGUCUUCUGGAUACUUCUGGCCAAAACACAGCGACAAAACUUUCUACCGAUUUGAGGCAGCAUGGGACAGCUCCAUGCACAACUCUCUGCUUCUGAACAGAGUCACUCCCUAUGGGGAGAAGAUCUACAUCACCCUCUCAGCUUAUGUAGAGAUGGAGAACUGCACUCAGCCAACAGCGAUCACCAAAGAUUUCUGCAUGGUGUUUUAUUCCCGUGACGCGAAGCUGCCGGCCUCUCGCUCCAUCAGAAACCUCUUCAGCACCGGCUGCCUCCGGCCCUCUGAGAGUAACCGUGUCACUGGAGUCUAUGAAGUCACCCUCUGCCAUGUGGCGGACAAUGGAAGUCCAGGCAUGCAGCGUCGUCGCAGGCGUGUGCUGGACACCUCGGUGGCGUACGUCAGGGGAGAGGAGAACCUGGCUGGGUGGAGGCCUCGCAGCGACAGCCUCAUCCUGGACCACCAGUGGGAGCUGGAGAAACUCAGUUUACUGCAGGAGGUGGAGAAGACCAGACACUAUCUGCUGCUGAGGGAGAAGCUGGAGGCAACUCUGCUGGCAGGACAGGAUGCGCUCUACAAGAGCAGUGACAUCAGCGAUUUUGCAAAGAGCCCUGUCCUCAGCCACAGUCCUGGCAGCAGCCCUGCCCUCGACAGCCCCAACCAGAGGCAGAGGGAGCUGGCUGCCAAGUGUCUGCGUCUGCUGAUGCACACCUUCAACAGGGAGUACAGCCAGGUGAGCAGCAGUGCCAGUGAGAGCAAGCUUUCUGAGAUGUCUGCGUCGCUAAUGAGAGACUCCUCUUCCUCCGGACUGAGCACGCUCACUCCGUCCUCUACCUGCCCCUCACUGGUCGAGGGAAAUUAUGAUAUUAGACACACUGAACCCAGUUCAGGAGCUUCCACACCAGAUCUGGACCCGUACAGCCCAGUGGACAGAAAGAAAGCUCUCAGAGGAUGCACCUUCGUUCCUGACAUACAGGAGAUUCGUGUCAGCCCUAUUGUGUCAAAGAAAGGCUACCUGCACUUCCUGGAACCCCACACCAGCGGCUGGGUGAAGCGCUACGUGGUGGUGCGCAGGCCCUACGUCUACCUGUACCGCAGCGAGAGGGACAGCGUGGAGAGAGCUGUCAUCAACCUGUCGUCUGCAAAGGUUGAGUAUAGCGAAGACAAACAGACCUUACUGCGGACUCCCAACACGUUUGCUGUGUGUACUGAGCAUCGUGGGAUACUGCUGCAGGCCACCAAUGACAAAGAGAUGCACGACUGGCUGUACGCUUUUAACCCUCUGUUAGCCGGCACCAUCAGGUCAAAGCUCUCCCGGAGAAAGUCGGUCCAGUCGAUUCCGUCGCCCCCAUCUGCUCCGAGGAUGUGAGAGGUGAACCUUGUGGAAAACAACAGACAAAACAAUCUAAGCUCCACUGACCAUCCUGCUCUAAUGAACAUAGACCAUAUAAACAAACUUAUACAUAAAAGCGCUUAAAUAACCUUCUAUAUGACGACCGCCCCGGUCCCAAACAUCACUCGAUCGCUCAUCCCUAAACCCAACCCUGUCCUUUUUCUCUUUUUGCAGUCGCCACCUCAAAACCCUGCAUGGUGUGCUCCCUUCUGACCUGUAGAAGACCCUGUUAAUAAGCUUGCCUCUGCUGGGCAUUGGGGCUAGUUUUGAUUAGCUUUCAUGCCGAAAUCUGUUAUCUAUGAGGCUACCAGAUCCCUGUAGAGAGUUAGUAUGUGGUCAGUCCCUCCUUCAGAAAUAACUGAAAAUAAGUCCCAGUUUUAAAUCAGCCAUUCAUGUACUUUUAAUUAACGCCAUUGGGUGAGUGGGAAAUUGCAAACAUAAAAGUGGAUUGUUUUUGUAGACGUGUGUUAAGUGCAGGUAUGAUCGCUCAUUCAUGCAUCCAUCAUACACUGUACAUUACCUCAGUUUGGAUCGGCUUGGUGCCCUACAGCACAGAGUAUUUGUGUCACUGCAGAGGUUUCAGAUAGCAAACAGAUCAGUCAUUUUAACAUUGAAGUAGCAUGAUUUAUAGGACAAAAGGGUACGUUGUUGUUCCUGUGUCGUUUUUCUUUUUCAAACUGAUUUCAUGAAAACUGAGUUUGUUGGCUAGAUUAAGGCAAAUAAUCCAUUAUCAGGAGAGAUAACUCAUGUCCUUGCCUUGUUCUCAUUAUGUGCUUCUUUUUUAAAUUAAUAAUCCCAUGUGCGUGGAAUCAUAAAGGAUAAUGUUAUUUAUUGUUGCUAUUGUAGGUUUUCUGCACUUAUUAUUUAUUUGUGACAGGACCACUGACCAGUUUUGUUGCAUGGCACUUUAUUGUCUCUAUUGAGUUAAUGUAUUGUACCAUUUACUCAUUUGUUUUAACCAAAGCAUUAUUUCUUUUCAAACCAUUGUUCACUGUGCUGCUGUGUUAGCAGACAUUUAAGAUGUUGAAGAAAUAGUUUGACGUUUUGGGAAAUAGAUUGAUACCACUCUGUACCGUCUGUAAAUAUGAAGCUACAGCCAGCAGCUGGUUAGCUUAGCUUAGCAUAAGGAAUGGAAGCAGGGAUAGACAGCUAGCCUGUACAAAAGUAACUAACUCUGCCCACCAGCACCUCUAAAACUCACUAAUAACACGUUAUAUCUUGUUUGUUUAAUCGGUACGCAAACUGAAGUAUAAAAAUGACGUGUUGAGAUUUUACGAUGUGCCUGGCUAUUUCUUGGCCACUUCCAUGACAAAUGAAGAUACAAAUGAAAUAUAAUAUGUACAUGUGUGAGCUUUAAAGGUGUUGGUAGCUGGAUUUUUUGCCUUCAAAUAGAGCCAGGAUAACUGUUUACCCCGUUUCCAGUCUUUAUGCUAUGCUAAGCUAAUUAUCUUCUUGGUACAAACCCGACUGUACCAUCCUCACGAGGACGCAGUCCCCAUACUGAGGUGUAGUACUGAGUUUCCCUCCAUCAGGGAACAUGAUUAUAUGCAUAAUCUCUUUAAGUGUUACUUUUGGAAAAAAGCGAAAUAAGCAUAUUUCCCAACUCGUUGAACUAUUUCUUUAAACUAAUCAAUUAUACCUAAGUUAACCUAAGAUGUUUUACUUGAUAAAUACACCGGGAGGACAACUGUUCUGUAUGUGGGUAGUUUAAAUUAAAUCAAAUUAGCACUUAUUCUGUCUGCUACAGUAAAUACGUUUCCUAGUUAAGUCUCUUUAGUAGCUAAAUGGAAAGUUGUAAUUGACCAUGGACCUGUAAUCUGUUGAAGGCAGUUGCUUUGAGCGGGCAAGAGCGUUGUCCAAGCACCAGAUAGUGCCUCCCUUUCUUUACCUCUCUUUCUUCUCUCCUUUCUUCAUCGUUGUCUUUGACGUCAACACUGAAGUCAGUUACAUGUGUCCAAGAUUAAGCUUUUAUGUAGAGUAAAAGUAGUUGCUGUGAAUCUUUUUUUUCUUUCUUCAUAUUGAUGACCUAUGUCAAUGUUUUGGAGAGUGAAUGUUAUUAUUGAUGCUAUAAAGUAGCUGCAACAGUA